UUCCUGCCGGCUCCGUGAUGGCGGCCGCGGCGGCGGUGGCCGCGCCGGCAGGUGUGGAGGAUGGAGUGCCUCGGUCCCGCGGCGAAGGGGCAGGGGAGGCGGUCGUGGAGCGGGGGCCCGGCGCGGCCUACCACAUGUUCGUGGUGAUGGAGGACCUGGUGGAGAAGCUGAAGCUGCUCCACUACGAGGAGGACCUCCUCCGGAAGCACAACCUGAAGCCCCCGUCCAGACAUUAUUUUGCACUGCCUACCAACCCUGGUGAACAGUUCUACAUGUUUUGCACUCUUGCUGCUUGGUUGAUUAACAAAGCAGGACGCCCUUUUGAGCAACAUCAAGAAUAUGAUGACCCCAAUGCAACUAUAUCUAACAUAUUGUCUGAGCUUCGAUUAUUUGGCAGAACUGCAGAUUUUCCUCCUUCAAAAUUAAAGUCAGGUUAUGGAGAACACGUAUGCUAUGUUCUUGACUGUCUAGCAGAAGAAGCAUUAAAAUAUAUUGGUUUCACUUGGAAAAGACCAACAUACCCAGUGGAAGAAUUAGAAGAAGAAACUGUCCCAGAAGAUGAUGCAGAAUUAACAUUAAAUAAAGUGGAUGAAGAAUUUGUGGAAGAGGAGACAGACAAUGAAGAAAACUUUAUUGAUCUCAACGUUUUAAAGGCCCAGACAUAUCGCUUGGAUAUGAACGAGUCUGCCAAACAAGAAGAUAUUUUGGAAUCCACAACAGAUGCUGCAGAAUGGAGUCUCGAAGUGGAACGUGUACUACCACAACUGAAAGUCACGAUUAGGACUGACAAUAAGGAUUGGAGAAUCCAUGUUGACCAAAUGCACCAACACAAAAGUGGAAUAGAAUCUGCUCUAAAGGAGACCAAGGGAUUUUUGGAUAAACUUCAUAAUGAAAUUAGUAGAACUCUGGAAAAGAUCGGCAGCCGAGAAAAGUACAUCAACAACCAGCUUGAGCAUUUGGUUCAAGAAUAUCGUGCAGCCCAAGCCCAACUGAGUGAGGCACGGGAGCGAUACCAGCAGGGUAAUGGCGGAGUAACGGAAAGGACCAAGCUCCUGUCUGAGGUGACAGAAGAACUAGAAAAGGUAAAGCAAGAAAUGGAAGAAAAAGGCAGCAGCAUGACUGAUGGUGCUCCCUUGGUAAAGAUUAAACAGAGCUUAACAAAGCUGAAGCAAGAAACCGUUCAGAUGGACAUCAGAAUUGGUGUUGUGGAACACACAUUACUCCAAUCAAAACUCAAGGAGAAGUCCAACAUGACUAGGGACAUGCAUGCAACAAUCAUUCCAGAAUCUUCAGUAGGCUCUUAUUAAAACAUACUGAUUUUCAUGCUUUUGAUUAGUUGUUUUUUUAUAUCAAAGUGUAUUUCAUGUCACAUAGAUUUCAAAACACAAUUAUACCUCCUAAAGCAUGUUCAGUGGGUAUUUUUUUACAUAUAUAUGCAUACAUAUUGUAUCAUGGUGAUUAUGGAUAGUUAAAGCCUUUAAAUUGAAUAUAAUAUUUAAUAAAGUAAUUAAAAAUUCUCACUUUCAAAGAAGCUUUCACCUAUCAUUACAGAUGUUAAAACCCCCACCUGGUGGCAUAUUUUUCUUAUUGUUCUUGUGUAAGUCAGUGUUCAUGACCCAUGCUGUCUGUAGGGGCUGCUGUUGCUGUCACCACAUGGACCUUUGCACCAGCCUGGCUCCUUCAGUUUGGUCCACCUCUGCAGUGAUCUCAAGUGCUUCUGUGCCCAGAGGCAGCUAAUGAGGGAUGAGGAUCCUUUUAAGAAUCCGAAUUACCCUUGCCUCAGCUUUAUUACCUAGAAUUAUAUUUCUUUAGAAAAAA